CAGAUUCCUAUUUAGAUGUUGUGCAUGUUUGUCGGCCUGUGGUUGCUUGCGGUUUUCUGGGGCCAGUUUGUGAGGCGUGAGCUGCGCUUCAGGCUGCCGACUGUGUUUGCUGGGCGGAGGCGCCAUCUUGGUUUCUUUGUACUCAUCAUGUCUUCUUCAGAUGAAGGAAAGCUUUUUGUCGGGGGUCUGAGCUUCGAUACCGAAGAACAGAAUUUGGAGCAGGUGUUCGGCAAGUACGGACAAAUAAGUGAGGUGGUGGUUGUGAAGGACCGUGAGACAAAGAAAUCUAGGGGCUUUGGGUUUGUUACAUUUGAAAACCCAGAAGACGCAAAGGAUGCCAUGGACGCAAUGAAUGGAAAGUCUGUUGAUGGAAGACAGAUUCGUGUUGAUCAGGCUGGCAAAUCUUCAGGUGACAGACGUGGAGGUUAUAGAGGAGGAUCCUCUGGAGGACGAGGAUUUUACCGUGGAGGCCGUGGUGGUGGAGACAGAGGCUAUGGAGGCGGUCGGUUUGAAAGCAGGAGUGGAGGUUAUGGUGGCAGUGGUGGAUCCAGAGAUUAUUAUGGCAGUGGAAGGAGUCAAGGGGGAUAUGGUGACCGAUCAAGUGGAUCCUACAGAGACAACUAUUCUUCACACGACUAAAACUCCUGACUCAAGAUCAUCCUUCCAGUGGCUGUAUUUAUAAAGAUUUAUGGAGCUUCGCAGAACAGUUAAUAUGUAGUCUUUGAUUAUGUUCAUUUUUUAUAUACCCAUGUUACUUUAUUCUGACAGCCUCGCUGGUAGAACAUGGAACAGUUUUACUUAAGUUACAACAUCAAUACCUUGGUUCUAAUGUUAUGGUUUUGCUGUUCUAUUGCGCUGCUCAGAUGGGAGCUCCUUAUUGCAAUUUUAAUUUGGCAGAUACUUGCCUUGGUGACAGACUAGUUCUACUAAAGGAAUAGUUUUACUCUUCCUGAGCAAAACGGUCAAUCUAUGAGCUCUAUUCUGUAUUAAGAUCUGUUUGAUCAUAUGUUCUGUAUAUAGUGAAGGGGACUGAGGCCCUGAAGCUUAACUCUGAAAGAAUCCUUCGGUAUAACAAGGCAGGGUACAGCAUGGGUGCAUUGUAAAUAACCGCUAGACCUCCUUGAUAUAUCUAAAGAGAAAAAUCAAAUUUCUUAAUAUCUCGAAGUUUUUGAAAAUGUUUAUAUUGUCAUUUUUAUUUCACUAAAAGAAAUUGAAUCCUUGUGUUCUCUAUAAAGAAUUGUUUUUUUUAUUAACUUUCAUUUGGCUUCAUGAAGCCUAUUAAAAGACCAUCUGAAAAUAAA